UAUAUGAAGGAAGUGAAGGAAGUAGUCAUUUUCUUCCUCUUAAAUCUCUUAUAACUAGAGAAAGUUUGUGUAUAGGAAUUGAAGAAAUUGAUGAUGGCAUGCCAUUUGAGGUUCUUGUUGAUAAGCUUCAUUGGCGUCUAUGGAUUUUUCUUCUUCUUCUUCUUAUGUCUUCUUCCACCUGCAACCGCGGAGCUUCUGCGGUUGGAGCACCCUACAAACGCCGACGGUUCCUUAAGCUUUUUGGUCGUCGGAGAUUGGGGAAGAGAAGGAGAUUACAAUCAAACUCAAGUUGCUCGUCAGAUGGGAAAAAUAGGAGAGAAGCUAAGCAUAAACUUUGUGGUCUCGACUGGAGAUAAUUUUUAUGACGAUGGAUUGAAGAGCAUUGAUGACCCUGCAUUUGAGAAUUCUUUUACCAAAAUAUACACAGCUAAGAGCCUUCAGAAGCCAUGGUACAAUGUGUUAGGAAACCAUGACUACAGGGGAGAUGUUGAGGCACAAUUGAGCCCUAUGUUUAGAAAUGUCGACAGCCGAUGGCUUUGCAUGAGAUCAUUUGUUGUUAACUCAGAAAUUGUAGAGUUGUUCUUUGUGGACACAACUCCUUUUGUGGACAAGUAUUUUCUAAGGCCAAAGCACCAUCGAUACGAUUGGAGAGGUGUACUUCCAAGAGAAGAGUACCUUUCAAACCUUCUCGAGGAUGUGGAUUUAGCAUUGACUAAUUCGGCUGCAAAGUGGAAAUUUGUCAUUGGACAUCAUGGCAUCAGAAGCGCAGGGCAUCAUGGUGACACCAAAGAGUUAGUGAAGCAACUCCUACCAAUUCUUGAGGCAAACGAAGUAGAUUUGUACAUAAAUGGUCAUGACCAUUGUUUGCAACACAUAAGUAGCACCACAAGCCAAAUCCAGUUCUUGACCAGUGGUGGUGGCUCAAAAGCAUGGAAAGGUGACUUCACUGCAAAUAGCCAAGAUGGAAUGAGAUUUUACUAUGAUGGCCAAGGCUUCAUAUCUGUUCAACUCACACCAACCGAUGCAGUUGUGGCCUUUCACAACAUAUUUGGCAGAGUUAUGCAUACUUUGAGUUUAUCCAAGGGUCUCUAUUCUGCCUCAUAAGGAUUUAUGUAAUCAUUUCAUGAUCAUUAUUACAAUGAGAUUCAUCUAUUGGAUUGGAUUGAAUUGAUAA